GGACUAUGUCUUGUUGUGUAUUUGUCUCCUGGGAGUAUCUCCACUUCAUACUCUUCAGAUGGCUUCACAUAUGUGCAACGAACACGACGAGUUCUCUUCACGCAGCAUCACCUCCCAUUCAAAUUUGCGAAUGGGCGAUAUAUAAGACAGAACGGGAAAGAGAUAACUGACGUUGCUAAGCUUGAUGGAUAUGUCUGUGGGCUGGAUAUAUACCCAGCUCUCAGGUUUCAUACUAGUAUACAUCUAUCAUCUGGGAAGUUGUUCUAUCGAUGAUAAAGCGUGUGCCGAAAUGAGAAGAUAUUCAAUUGUUCGGGCUUAUUUCGAUUCGCUGUGGAGAAUGAGACGACGGUCGGUGUCUCAGUUCUCUUAUGUGUUUUGGUUGUGGUGUGGUGUGGUAUGCGGAGAGGGAAUAUUUUGGUGGUAUUUUAUUGUUGUCUGGCAGUGUAUUCUCUGGUCUUGUAAUGGGCGGGAGGAUGUAGGUUUGAGGAUUGGUUUCUGCGGUCUUUCAUGGAAUAUUUGAUUAAUGGUGGGUUUGAGGUUGAGGUGGAUGGGUUAUGUGUUGUGUGUUUCUGGUUGAG